AUGAAUCGUUGUUGUCGCAAUGGAUUCCUCCUACGCCCUUGCACGGAGGCGCGCAGCAGGGUCAUUACGCCAGCGGUGAAUACCAUCUAUUGCCGACUAUUUUCUACGUCUCUGGAACCAGAAGGAAGGCCGAGAGCAUUACCAAAAGCGACACCAAAGAAUGAGAAGAAAAAAGGGACAGGAACUGUCCACAAGGUCAACAUAGUCGGCGAACAGCUUUGUGAUGAUAUCACUCAGCAGCUAGCAAAUGUGCUAACGGCCAAUAAACCAUCCGUGAUUCUCGAUUUAUACCCCGGCCGCCCAGUCUUGUCCUCAAAGAUCAACGACCUUGUACAGCCUCAUCGGCACAUCCUUGUCGAGCCUCGCGCAUCUCGAACCUUCCACAAAUAUCUUCAAGAGUUCAGCAAGAAAGAUGAGGAAAGAAUUAAAAUAUACAAGGAGAAGGUACAUUAUGGUUCAUUACAUGGAAUCGGUUGGCUGGAGCUCCUGGAUACGUACCUUCCUACAGAGGUGCCUCCAGGUAUGCAGAAAGACCUACUUGUCAUCGCCAAUUUGACUGAUAGGGCGUUCAAGAAUGCUUCACGGAUAUGGGCAGCUCUUGUCGGACACAGUCUUCUAAAUCGAGGCCGUUUCAGCGACUGGACCGUUCGGACUUUGAUGAUUCUCCCUCCAGAGGAGGCUGAAUCAAUUAUCCCACGUUCGAUUCGCAAUAGAAGGAAAGUGGCAAUACUGAACGAGGCAUACUCCCGGCAAUGUUUCAUUGUUGCCGAGACCGAUAAUACCGAAAACGUCAUUCCACGAGGAUAUGAGCUUGUAGAGAAAAGUGCCGCUUUGGUCGCUCAGCGAACGGCAGAAAAUCAGAUCGUUCUACCUCAGACUCGCAUACGGAGUGUUCCAGAGUCAUACACAGAAGUCCCCGCAGGCCCGAGAGCUGAGCCGUAUGUAGCGAAACAUCCACUUUUCGUGGGAGAGCCAUUCAGAGAGUUCUUAGAAAAGAAAUCUAUGUACGAAGACGUCAUCAACAGAUACUAUCAAGAACAUGGAGCAGCGAUAGAGACGGGUUUGAGAGAUGCAAGGGCACGUGCUCAAAUCGUGCAUAUUGCGAAAGAGUUAGCCAAACAGCAACUCGACCUAAGGCUAACCAACACCCUCGUUCAAGCAAAAUUGAACGCAGCAGAUUUCGAAGAAGCAAACCGAUUCAAGGAAAUUGUCAAAAAGAAUCCAAAGAAGAAAGAACUUGUAGCUCGCAGGCGGGGAUAUUUCAAGGUGCGCGCGCAGGUCAUACAUCUUGCAGGAGAUUUGGCCCAGCUUGAGCUGCAGAUUCACUCAUGUGAAGAAAUUUUUAUCAAAUCGAAGCUACAUUCACUGAAACUCGCGGAAGAGCAACUGUACCGAGAGGCUCUCAAACAGUAUUCUACGGAUGAGCAAGCGUCGAAAAUCAAGCGGGAUUAUACUCGGGCACGUGCUUCAGUUGUGCAUCUAGCCAAAGCAGCAGAUGCGGCUGUAGAUUUGGCUAAACAGCAAAUCAAAAUCGCUUCUCUUGAAGGGGAAGUCGCGAAAGCAAAGCUGGAUCCAACAACUGAGCCCGUGGAACUUGAACGACUCAAUUCGAAGUUGGCUGAUUCGAGAAAGGAGUUCGCCGACCAAAGCUCCGAAGCUCUAAUUCACGCUAGCAGAAAGCUGCCGAAUCUGAUAAACGACUAUCGUGUUGCGCUUGGAGCAUCCGGAGAUAUCAAAGAAUCUAGGUUGCUCUGGGAUCAUCGUCCAUUCGAACCGCUAUACAUACACCAGAAAGAGAUAACGCCAAAGGGAACCGGCUGUGCAGUUGUGUACAGUGAACCAGAAUCGAAGGAAAAACUAUUCGAAAAGUUCUCGAUCGACAAUACUCAUGACAGGCACGAUGAGACUGUCGAAAUGGCUCUCUCAAUCGUGGGCACAUUUGGCAUUCGUGCUAGAGAAAGCGUCGCUGAUAUGCUCGACAAACUGUUUCCAGGACAAUCACCCGCAGAUGUUGUCAAACUUGUCCCUGAGUUGUUCGAUUGCAUACCCAAGCAACUUCGUCUUCCAUCUAUUAGCAAAGCCACUAGUACUGCCUCUGAACUGACUCCAUCAACUUCUACUUCAUCAAUACCUCUCUCAUUCUACGACGAAUUCGAAUACAUGCCCGACCAAAUCACACUCCAAUGUCUCCCCGUAAGCGCACUUCUGAGCUUACUAAAGGCAUACCUGAACACGCCGAACGCGAGAUCAUUUUUACAGGUCAAUCGCAGUCUCGGGGGGUCUGCAACGUUAUUUGCACUCCGCACUUGGGUUUUGGAGGCUUGA